CCUCGGAUUACUCAUCAUACUUGUUUCACUCGCGUUCUGACUUAUAUGAGAGAAUCUGGCAACAAAAAAAAAAGCAAACAUGACUUUAUAGAUGACGUUUCUAAGUCUGUUUUGCACCGCAAAAAAAAUCGUAUUUGCAAACGCGAUCAUUGUUUUCCGAGAAAUGCUUUGAUGUUUUGAUAAAGUGAUACAUUUAAUACAUUCUUCAACCAGUGGCGAGAAAGAGGCAUCUCCAGAAAAAAAACGGGAAGAAAGUCAAUGAUCAGCACUUCGCUAUGGAACUCUUUGGGCUUUUGAAGACACAGUUUAUUUUUCACCUCUUCAUCUGUUAUGUGUUUCUAGUCAGUGGGCUUAUAGUCAACUUCUUGCAGCUCUGCACGCUACCAUUGUGGGCCAUUAACAAACAGCUGGCUCGUAAGGUCAACUGUAGACUGGCGUACUGUGUCAGCAGCCAGAUGGUGGCAGUGCUGGAAUGGUGGUCUGGGACCGAAUGUACACUAUACACUGACCCUGAAUCCUACCCUUUCUACGGCAAAGAAAACGCAAUUGUUAUCCUCAACCAUAACUUUGAGAUUGAUUUCCUGUGUGGGUGGACCUUCUGCGAAAGAUUUGGCGUGUUAGGGAGCUCAAAGGUGCUGGCAAAGAAAGAACUUGCAUAUGUGCCUGUAAUUGGCUGGAUGUGGUACUUCCUGGAGAUUGUCUUCUGUAAGAGGAAAUGGGAAGAAGAUCAAAAGACGGUUGCGCAAAGUCUUCAACGCCUAAAGGAUUAUCCAGAGAACUUUUGGUUCCUUCUAUACUGUGAGGGCACUCGCUUCACUCCGAAGAAACACAAGAUUAGUAUGGAAGUGGCAGAAAAAAAGGGGCUUCCCAAACUCAAGUACCACCUCCUGCCUCGCACCAAGGGAUUUUGCGUCACUGUUCAGAACCUACGAGGAACAGUUACUGCUGUGUACGAUUCUACACUUAAUUUCAGAAACAACCAAACACCAUCAUUGCUUGGAGUGUUAAAUGGGAAAAAGUACCAUGCUGAUUUAUAUGUGAGGCGAAUUCCACUCGACUCAAUCCCAGAGAACGAGGCUGAAUGUGCGAUGUGGCUCCAUAAACUUUACCAGGAAAAGGAUGAGUUCCAGGAAAAAUACAGCCUGACCGGGCGUUUCCCCGGCCCCACAGUGAGCCCCCCUCGCCGCCCUUGGGCUUUGCUCAACUGGCUGUUUUGGAUCUCGCUUCUACUCCUUCCCCUUUGUCUAUUACUGCUGCAGUUGUUCAACUCGGGCUCGGCUUUCACCAUUUUUGUCACAGUUGCCAUUUGCAUUGCAGGCUCUCUUGCUGUUCGCUGGAUGAUAGGCCAGACCGAGAUUAACAAGGGUUCAAGCUAUGGAAACAAAGAGGGUCUUCUUAAUAACAACUCCUAAUGGAGUCUCCAGCAGCAGAACUUAAUUAACAUCUACCUGAGAUGAGCUUUUUAUUAAAAGCAAGAGGGCAACAUCUAAGUGGUGCAAUGCACUGGCAGCUAUUGGUGUUUGAGGAGUCGGAAUCCUCUAAAAGGAAAACAGGAUGUCACGUAAUCAAGAUAUAAUAAAAGAUAUUUUAUAAUCAUUAUAAUA